AUGGCAGCCUGUGGAAGCCUAGAACACAUCUUUGAAAAGCCAUUGCCAGAAAAUCCAACACUUAUUGAAUCUCUUACAUCAUGGAAACAAAUAAAAUCCAUGAAACCGGUUGAUGAUUCUUCGUUUACAGAAAUAUUCGGCGAAUUACAUUUCAAAGAAAAUCAUGCCUCUGAAUCAUCUUCAUCCUCUCCAUCCUCAUCUUUGUCCUCAAAUUCGACGUUUUUUCCUGACGCGAAUCAAAAAUCUGUUAAUGAAAAACUCAUCAGGGAGAAAAUUGAGAGCCUAAACAGCAAUAUUCAUGAAAAAGCCAAGAGUCCAACAUCAAGUUAUUAUCCAACGUCCACCCACAAAAAGCAAUACCGGCAUAGCAAUAGCUGUUCAUCUGUCAAUUCUGACAGUUUAUCGCUAUGCACCGAAGGGCUUGGAUUCGAAAGUUUUGAUGAUGUUGAGGAUUUGUUGAGGAAUGACAUUUGUAAUGAAUUUCAACAUCAGGAGGAAAGGAAAAGUUUCACAAGAAAUACUCAAACUGAAAGCCAUUGGAGUGAAUAUUCAAAGAGAUCAAGAACAAGUAGAGGGUCAUUUCCUCCUCCCAUUUCUUGUAUAGGUAGGAGUGGGAAGCCAUGGGUGUGCUUUAAAUCGUAUAGAGAAAACGGUCGGUUUAUUCUUAAGGAGAUACGGAUACCAACUCAGGAAUUCAUGCAUUCAUGUCGUGAAAAUGGACGUUUGAAGUUGCAGUUUAUUCAUUCUGAUGAAGAAAUUCUUGAAGACGACGAGGAUGAGGAAGAAGAUGAAGAUAGCAUAGAGGAAAUCAAUGAAGAACCCCGUAAAAAUGAUGACGAUAAAAGCGAGGACGAUGUGAAUGAAGAGGGACGGGACAAUGGAGAAGAGAAUGUAGAAAUCAACGACUGCGAAGCCUAA